AUGCUGAGACGACAACAAUUUCUUCCAGUAAAGCUGCUACAAAACAAAACGAAGACUGUUGCUUGGAGCAAGGAGCGCGCCUUAUGUUACAGCAUGUACCUGGAAAAAGCCGUGAGCUUGGAGCAAGGAGCACGCCUUAUAUUACAGGAUGUAACUGGAGAAUGCCGUGAGCCUGGAGGCGAGGCGGUGACCAUGAAG